AUGAACAUAGACCCGACCAUCCUGGCCCAAAUCCAGCAGAUGGCCCAAGAUGACUUCGACAAUCAGCACCACGACUAUGGUCAGGCGGCAGGUCUUGCAGACUAUGUGGACGGCACCGAUGCGUCCCAAGGCAAAGGCCAAGUCCUUUCGAACAUCAACGCAUGUUUAGCAGUACAGAACACCGUGAAAUCAACCCUCGGCCCCUAUGGCGGUGAUCUACUGCUCGUAGACGGCAAUGGAAAGCAGACCAUCACCAACGACGGCGCGACCGUCAUGCGCCUGCUCGACAUCGUCCACCCCGCAGCCCGAAUACUCACCGACAUCGCUCGGUCACAAGACGCGGAGGUCGGUGAUGGCACAACAUCCGUUGUGGUACUGGCUGGUGAGAUUCUAAAGGAGAUGAAGGAAUUUGUUGAGCAGGGUGUUUCAACACAGACUAUUGUGAAGGGCCUGCGGCGGGCAAGCGCCAUGGCGAUUAACAAGAUUAAGGAGAUCUCGGUCAGUACGACGGAAGGGAACAAAUACGACACACUGCGGAAAUUGGCGGCAACAGCUAUGAGCAGCAAACUGAUACACCGGAACGCGGAUUUCUUCACGAAGAUGGUCGUCGAUGCAGUACUGUCGCUAGACCAGGACGACCUAAACGAGAAACUGAUUGGCAUCAAGAAGAUCACAGGCGGUGCGCUGCAGGAUUCUUUGUUUGUGGAUGGCGUUGCAUUCAAGAAGACGUUCUCAUACGCUGGGUUCGAGCAGCAGCCCAAAACAUUCAAGAAUCCGAAGAUCGUGGCAUUAAACGUGGAACUCGAACUCAAGGCCGAAAAGGACAACGCGGAAGUGAGGGUCGAUCAAGUGCAAGAAUACCAGGCGAUUGUGGACGCGGAGUGGCAGAUCAUCUACAACAAAAUGGAGGCACUAUACAAGACGGGCGCGAAGGUAGUGCUCAGCAAGCUGCCGAUUGGCGAUCUAGCAACACAGUACUUCGCGGACCGCGACAUCUUUUGCGCAGGACGUGUCACCGCCGAUGACCUGGAGCGGGUAUGUCAGGCGACCGGUGCUGUCAUUCAGUCGACGUGUUCCGACAUCCAGGAUUCACAUCUCGGCACGUGUGGGCUGUUCGAGGAGAAGCAGAUCGGUGGUGAGAGAUUCAACCUGUUCUCAGACUGCCCGGAAGCCAAGACGUGUACACUCAUUCUGCGAGGAGGAGCGGAGCAAUUCAUUGCAGAGGCCGAGCGGUCAUUACACGACGCCAUCAUGAUCGUGAAGCGAGCGCUACGGAAUAGGAAUAUUGUGGCCGGCGGUGGUGCAACCGAGAUGGAGGUGUCAGUAUACCUGCACAAGCACGCCGACAGAAACGUGCCGAACAAACAGCAGGCGAUCGUCAAGGCUUUCGCAAAAGCACUGGAAAUCGUCCCUCGACAGCUCUGCGACAAUGCUGGCUUCGACGCGACAGAUAUCCUGAAUCGUCUACGGGUAGAGCACCACCACAAUGGAAACGUCUGGGCUGGCGUCGACUUCGACCACGAAGGUGUGCGGAAUAACAUGGAGGCGUUCGUGUGGGAGCCCGAACUGGUGAAGGUCAAUGCUAUUUCGGCAGCCGUGGAGGCAGCAUGCCUGAUCCUCAGUGUCGAUGAGACGAUCAAGAACGAAGAGUCACAACAGCCGCAGGCACCUGCACGAGGCCUACCGCCGGGUGCAGCGCAACGAGCGUUGCGAGGCAGAGGGAGAGGUAUGCCGCGGAGAUGA